AUGUCACUGUACUUUCGCGAGUUGUUUCCAUCGAACAAGGUUAUUAAAUUUCGAACCGACUUUCGCAACACAAUCUAUGAUCUGUUUUUGCAUAGGAAAUGGGAACUCACAAAUCACGAAACAGAUUGGAACAUGUGCUGGUCAGAAAAAGAUUGGAUAAACGAAGUUUACGACACCCUGUCUUUGAGAAAUAAUCAAUAUGUCAAUCACUUUAGGAACUAUUAUGAGCUCACACGAAAAGACCUACUAGCGAAAAAUAUAAAAAGGCUGAAAAAACAAAAUGAAAAAAUAAAAAGCGAGGAGGAACUAAAAAUAAUAGACAUAACACCUGUCACAUUUGUUUUGCCACUGGAAUACAAAAUAUUCUUAGAGGAAUACAAGAAAAGGAGCAAUCGUGUGUGGAUUAUGAAACCAAUUGGUAGAUCACAAGGAAAGGGAAUUUUUCUUUUCGAUAAGAUAUCUCAGAUAAGAGAGUGGAGUGUUGGACGUAGCAGACAUAUCAAUGAGCGAGACAAGGAAAGGGAUGGAGAAAAAUAUAAGGGAAAUGAUAGAGACUUGGAGAAAAGCCGCAAGUCAGAGAGGAGUGUCAAUCUGGAGAGGGGCGUUCAUCCAGAUAAAGAACGCGAUCGUCCUGAACAGUACAUCGUGCAGGAGUAUAUCCAGAACCCUCUGCUGAUCGGAGGGAAAAAGUUCGACAUUCGAUUGUAUGUCUUAAUUAUGUCAUACUAUCCUUUGACAAUAUAUCUAUACAGGAGUGGUUUCGCAAGGUUUUCACACACGUAUUUUAAAAAUGAGAAAGACAAGAUGAAUGACAUCACUAUGCAUUUAACAAAUGUCUCUAUACAAAAGAAUGCAGAAGGGUAUGAUGAUAAUGUUGGUGGGAAAUGGUUUGUUCGUGAACUAUUUUUAUACAUGAUUAGUCGUUAUGGAUAUAAAAAUAUAAUGACUUUAAUUCAAAAUAUUGAAAAUUGUAUCAUUCAAUCUUUUUUAGCUGUUCAUAAAAUAAUAAUAAAUGAUAAGCACUGUUUUGAGUUAUACGGUUUUGACAUUCUCAUUGAUUCUAAUUUAAAGCCAUGGUUAAUUGAAGUGAACUCUUCACCUUCUCUUUCUGCUAAUACUGACGAGGAUUACACAUUGAAGUUUAAUAUGCUUGACCAACUCAUGAGCUUAAUAAAUAUAGAGAAAUACAACAUUCCACAUACAGAUAGAGUUGGUGAUUUCGAUUGCAUAUACAGAAAUGGAAAACGAAUCACCACACCCAAUCCAUAUAACUUUACUUCUCAUCUGGGGGCCCAUUUAUCCGGAACUGAGAAUUUAAAACAAAUGGCAAAAUACAUUAAGCGCGAGCUAAGCACAACGGGAAGUGAGGUCAGUAAAUAA